AUGUACAAAGCAGCUUUGGUUGGUCUGUCAGCACUCUUCCUGGCUUGGUUGCUGUACUUCUUCUUUUGGUCUGCUACUAGCAAACUUCCAUCCGCCCCGGGACCAUUACUCGCCCGCUUCACCCGCCUGUGGUAUCUGAGGGCCCUUGUCAGAGGUGAUUUUGAGCAGGUGAACAUCGCCUUGCAUAGAAAAUAUGGCAAAAUCGUACGCCUCGAGCCCAACUCAUACAGUAUCGAUGACCCCGAGGCUAUCAAAAUCAUCUACACCAUCUCAAAUCCGUGGAUCAAGUCGAAGUGGUAUGGGCCAUCUUGUCCUCCUGGCACCACCACCAAUUUCAGCACCCAAGACAACAAGGAUGCUGCUCGAUACCGUCGGAAUUACGCACAAGCCUUCGCCAUGUCGUCGGUACUUUCAUUCGAGCCGUUGAUCGAUGAAUGUGGAGAGCUCUUAAUCGAGAAGCUCCAGGCCUUCGCCAAAUCAGGCGAAACUGUUGACCUAACUCACUGGUUCUCUUGUUGGGCGUUUGAUUGUCAAGGCCAUAUAACGUUUUCUGAACGUUUUGGGUUCCUUGACAAGGGUGAAGACAUCGGAGGUAUCAGUGAGAGUCUCCAUCAACGAAUGCCCUAUGUUGCUUUUGUCGGCGUCUAUCCGGAAUUGCAUCCAAUCCUGUUCAAAAUAGUCAAUUGGCUCGCCGGGACAGGUGCAGGUGAAGUUGACUACACCAUCGCCUAUACCAUGAAGCGUAUCGCGCAGAGGAAGGAAGCGGAGAAGUUGGACGAUAGAAAGGACAUGCUUGCACAGUUCAUGGCUGCCCAGCAGAGGGAUCCCGCCACCUUCACAGACUGGGAUGUCCUGAUUGGGGCCUUUGGCAAUAUCGUGGCUGGCGCUGAUACCACAUGGAUCACAUUAUCCGCUAUCAUUUAUUAUCUGCUGAAGAAUCGGCGGUGUCUUGACAAGCUGCGCAAGGAGAUCGACGAUAUGGCUAAAGCAGGGUCGAUUUCAGACCCUAUUUCAUUCCACGAGUCCCAGCAGAUGCCUUACUGUCAGGCGGUGAUAAAAGAAGGACAGAGACUGUAUCCUGGCACCGGGCUGCCCUUACUUCGUGUUGUCCCAAAGGGUGGCGCCAUGAUUGCUGGGACAUACUUCCCUGAAGGAGCCGUUGUCGGCAUCAACAAUUGGGUCGCCCACCGUAACAAGGACGUCUUCGGGCCCGAUGCGGAUGUCUUCCGACCAGAGCGCUGGCUUGAGGGUAAUACCACCGCUAUGAAUCGGUAUUACAUGCCUUUUGGCGUCGGUCCCCGAGCCUGUCAAGGCCUGAACGUUGCCCUAAUGGAGAUGUCGAAAUUUGUCCCACAGCUCGUUCGCCAUCUUGAUUUCGAUCUGCUCAGCGAGUGGAAGACUGCGAAUCGAUGGUUAAUGUUCCAGUCCAACAUCAAUGUCAAGGUUAAGUUGAGAGAUUAG